UACUGUGCACAGAUCAUAGAGUCUUUAGAGAUAAAUAUAUCUAUGGCACAGAUGCAGUAAAUACGCGGGACACACGAAUUCAAUAAACCAAUGGCAUGGCAAUGCAAGGCCAAACCGUCUAAGUUACAGCUACAAUACAAUUCGGGCCCAAAUUCGUGCUGAUUGGAUACAAAAAUGUGUCUCCCUUGUGUCAACAUUCUCGGUUUUCUGCCACUGUUGUGGAUAAUUGCUAUGCCAGUCGUGGGGUCUUUUUGUGGCCCAGAAACUGCUCUCCGAUUCUCUCUUCUCAUGAUGUUGUAUUCGAUGCUGGAGAGUUUCAUCAAGAAAUUUGUGAAUUUCCUUCUCCCUGUAUUCACCAUUGGAUUCUUCGUGGUCAUCAUGUGUCUUCCUAUUAGCAUUGUACCCUACCCUCUGGUCUGGUUAUACGGUCAGCUGAUCUGGAUCACGGAACCUUUGAUCUUGUUUGUAGAAGCCGUCGGGGUGAUUCGAAUCUCCAUGAGGCUCAGCAAGGAGGUAUCGGACCACAUUGAUGAUCAAGAGCUUCUUGCCAAGGGUUUAAUCAUGACAACAACAGUCAUAGCCUAUACAGCUUCUUUCAUCUUCGCCAUUAGUAUCUACAGGACAGGAUUGCAGCCAAUCACAUGCAUACUAUUGGUCAUCAUUCUUGUUUCUGUCAUCCAUCUUGCUAUGACGAUCAAAGCUGAUCACGGUAUCAUAUCCGAUUGUUCCAUUGUCAGCCUGUGCAUGAUAGGCUCCCUGUGUGCUGGAGUCUAUGAAUCCAAUCUUAUUCACAAUCCCCUUCCAGAACCAAAGGAAUGGUCUGAUGAAUCAUUUGACCAUCUUUCACUAGUUCAGCUUGUAUUAUCUACUGCAACGUCAAGUAUGAGUCAUGUAACCAAGGCAACUCGUUUCCUCUACAAGCUGGUCAGUCCUGUUCUAAUCUCUCUCAUCGUGGUUCGUACGGUCAGCAUACAGCAGGUCAUGGGUCAUCUGCUUACAAGAUUUUAUCAGGUAAGUAGAUCAAAGGUUACAUUGAACAUUUGGAAAAUACUUUAAUGAUUCUUCUUCAAAUGCAGUGGAAAUGGUGUUAGUGCUUUGUGAUGAUGAUCAUCAUCUUAAUCAUCAUAAUUCUACUUCUCAACAUCACCAUUAUCAUCAUCAUCAUCAUCAUUGUUAAUACCAUCAUCAUCAUAGUCCUACUUCUUCUCAACAUCAAUAUCAUCAGCAUCAUUAUCACCAUCAUCAUUGUCAUAGUCAUCAUAUUUAUCCCACCAUUGUCAUCAUCAUCUUCACUAUCAUCAUUCUCCUCCUCCUCAUCAUCAUCUUCAUCAUUAUCAUCCUUGUUCUUUUUGUCCUUCUCCUCACCAUCAUUGUCAUUGUCAUUAGAGUCUGUUCGGCCCACUUUGUGACAGAAUACAUUUUAUUUCCUUGUAGGGGAAUCCAACCUGGCUAAUAAAAUGAUAUUUGUGAAAGGAGGAAAAAACAGAAUAAUGUACUUAAUGUUUUAUAGAUAUCGUAUUUUUGCGUGUCCCUCAUAUAAUAAGAAUAUCAUGUAUAUAAGUUUUAAAAAAAGACUGUACCUACCCAACAUCACAUGGCAUUACCUUUUCGCCCAACUUUAAGUCAUUGUAAGAAUAGUAAUGACAAUUUUUUACAACUGAAAAUUUCAUGAAUUUCUGUUCUUUUGUCUGAUUUGUUUAAGCUAUCACCUACCUGCUUCUGUUAUUCUUUUAAUUUAUUUUAAAACCAGAAUUUUUAUCUUGAUAGAUAUCCCUUUAAUAAUGGCUGCCCUCUUAGCUUUUCUAUCUUUUGGAAUCAAUAUGGUUGAUACCAACGAACGUAGAGGGCAGCAACACACAAGCAUGUUGCUAUUAGGAAGGUCCACUCAAUACGCGCAUACAAUUGAAGUGCGCAAACAAUUUGGUAGCCAUGCCAACGAAACCAUGGCCCGAUUCAAUACACACACGGAGUAAUAGCAAAAUAGAAGAAAACUAAUAGAUUAUGACAUACCAGAUUCAAAUGAUAGAAAAAACAAAAAUAUUUAAGCAAUAGAAUAAUAAUGUACCACAUUAUGAAAAUAAAACUGUUAAUAAAUUAUUGUCUUAAUUUUUUGUAAAUCUUCAGUAAAACUAGAUUAAAUUCGGUCAUAAAUAAACCAGUCUGCUAAUUUCACCCGGAUUUAGCCAAGCUCAUUUGUGACCACCGAAAUCCUCUCAGAGCACUUUUUUAGUAGAUUGUAGAGUUGAUUUUUUUUUUCAUUUCCUCUUUAUCAUUAUUUUUGCUUGAAAUUUUUUUACAUUAAAUAUGCUUAAAAUUAUGAAAUAUUUAUCCCUGUAUUUUUCCUAAAUAUUACGUGGUGGUGACAACGGUUUUAUGACUUUGCAUAUCAAUAUGAUAACAAGGAUAAAUGAGGUUGAUACAUUCUUCAUCUAAAUUUCGCUGCACCACAUUAAUGCGCCUACACAUUCCAGCACCACCUCGGCCUCUUGAGUAUACAAGCGCCAUGGCUGGCAUAACCGCACCGGCGCCCCGGCCCCGGUCGGUGCUGAGGUAGGGUACGGUUGGCUGCAUGCAUAUGCUAACACAAUUUUUUUUUAAAUUGUGGAAUAAAAAUAGUAGAUGUGACAUAGACCAUAGCCCCUUGAUAGUUCUCAAGUCAAGACCCGUCGGAAUAUACAUAGCUCGAUACUGAACCAGAUAAUUCCUGUCUAAAAUAAAUAUUAGGUCUAACGUUAGACUAGGACUUGGCUUUGCUAGUUGAGUGGCCGUAUUCGAUCCUAGCGGAUGGAUUGCAAAAUCUGGAUUGGAUUUGUGGAUAUAACAUAAUUAUUCCAGACUACAAUCUACACUGUAAAUGAAAAUUAAAAUUCUAACCUUGAAUAUUUAUCGUUGCUCAUCCGCCAUAGUGCCACAUCAAUGACAGACCAAGUCUAUACCUUUCAAGUCCAUAUCUAGCUAAGUCGAGUCGCGUCGAGAUUAUCCUGCCAGUGCAGUGCGCCAGCAUAAUGCGCAGUAGGCCUACGCGCACUGAGGUGACCGGGGAAGUUCCAGCGCGGCCAGACCAGAGCAUCACGGUCUUGGCUCUGGCGUUAGCUUGUGUAGGUUUGGUAGGGGCAGCGAAAUUAAGCAGAAGAACAGUAAUACAAAUGUCAUCAGUCUAUGUAUAUUUAUUGCUCUGCAAACUACAGGAAUCAUGAUUACCUGUUGUCUUACAUUUUUUUUAGAUACACAAAUACGUAAAUAAUAAUAUUUAGUAUAUUUUCUUGGAGGUUUGAUUGUCCAUAAAAAUAGUAAAAUCG